AUGGGCACAAUAGGCCCGGUGCUGUGCUCCUCUCAUUACGCUCCCCGUGUUCUCCCUUCCACUCCACCCUGCCUUCCUCUCCCACAGGUGCUAGCACGUGCAGAGGCACAGGGCAUGGUCUUGGCGCGGGCAGAGGCACAAGGCAUGGUGAGCAAGACAUUGGGGAUGGCUCUAGGCAUCGCCAUUGCUCCUCACGUAGGCACCAGGGGUCCUCUGCUGUGGCUGAUCCACGCAUGCCCUGCUGUCCGGCCCACCCAUGUGAUUGUACUUCACUUUCUGCUCCUCCCCUUCCUCUCCCCACAGGUGCUAGCACGCGCAGAGGCACAGGGCAUGGUGCUAGCACGCGCAGAGGCACAGGGCAUGGUGAGCAAGACAUUGGGGAUGGCACUAGGCAUCGUCGUUGCUCCUCACGUGGGCACCCGGGGCCCUCUACUGUGGGCAACUCAUGGCCUGCUGUCCGCCGCCCACCUGUUUUGCAACUACCGCUCGUACAAGGCCGUUCAACUCAGGACGCUCAACCCCUUCAGAGCAGAUAUUGUCCUGGCAGAGUACGUGGCCAAUGGCAGGGUGCCAGGUGUCAUCGAAGCGUCCCCUCCACCUCUCCCCGGCACAGGUAGCGAGAACUGGAUUGAGUUCGGAGUGCCCUUGGCAAGUAGGCAGCAGUGGCUCACACAGACAGACGUCUCAACACUCCCUUACUCCCAUUCCACCCGAACCCCCUCCCCUCCUCCCCUUUCCAGGCCUCUCCCCCUCCUCGUCCAGGCACAGGCAGCGUCUCCUCCACCCCUUCCCGGCACAGGGAGUGAGAACUGGAUCGAAUUUGGGGUGCCCUUGGCCGCAGUGGCGCACACAGAGCGGGAGGCUGAGACCAUGGCUGAUAUAUUCCGAGGAGAGAAGUACCUGCUUGGGCGGGACGAGCGUACGGGGCAGAUGCAGUGGGAGGAGGCAGAGGCGGUGGCUGGGAUGGGAUAUGCCGAGGAGAGAAGUACCUCCUUUGACAGGACGAGCGUAGUGUUGAAGGAGGGGGCCCUCCCAAAGGACUUCCUCCGAGCGGCCCUACUAGCCGCCUACCUCCGCACGCUCUCUCCACACGUCCUCUGCCCCACCAUCCACUCUUUCUACCCACCAUCCAUGCAGGUAGUGUUGAAGGAAGGAGCAGUCCCUCGGGACUUCCUCAGAGCGGCCCUGCAAGCCGCCUACCUCCGCACUCUAUCUCCACACGUCCUCUGCCCCACCAUUCAUUCCCUCGCCCCCCAAGCGCGCACCCACGUCCAAGCCCGCGCCGCCGAGUUUUCCUCCUUGGGGAAGCAGAUCAAGGUAGUGUUGAAGGAGGGGGCACUCCCAAGGGAUUUCCUCAGAGCGGCCCUGCAAGCCGCCUACCUCCGCACCCUCUCUCCACACGUCCUCUGCCCCACCAUCCACUCUCUCGCACCCCAAGCGCGCACCCACGUCCAAGCCCGCGCAGCCGAAUUCGCUUCCUUGGGGAAGCUAGAGGUGCUGCAUGCUUCGUAUGACCGCAUGGCUGCGGGGUUUGAUGGGUUGUGUGAGGCGCUGAGAGCGAAUGGGUGGCGCUGUGACGAUGGCUUGUUGGCUCGGCCAGGAGACUGGCGACUGCUGCUGGCACCUGAGGAGAAGAGGAAAUGA